CGUCAUUGCGCUCAUUGACGUGUAAACGGAACGAAAGCUCACGCGCGCUGUGUAUCUGCGUUUGUGUGUGCGCGCGCGCUGGCACCGGAACCGCACAGACCCGCGCGCACAGCAGAACUUCAACAAACGUCGUUUUAAAGUUUCUCAUGAGACAAGACCGAUUUUACUGAGGACUUUUUCUCCAGCUCGAGUGGAAGAUUGAACCGGAAGUGUAGAACAGACACAAUGGACACACAGAAGAGCCAGUGGGAUCACAGCAGGACUCCGCCCUGGCUCAACCGGCCAACCAAUGGCAGGAGCUCCGCUUCCUCAGGGGCGGAGUCAGACUCAGAGGGUAGCAGCACUGAAAGUGAGAGGGUGAGUCCUGAUGUGCGUCCUGUCACCUGUCCAAGAACAAGGGGUGGAACCGUUCUGCAUCCUCCUAAUCCUCAAGCUCUGACUAGACGAACGGGCGUCGACUCCAAGGCUCUGACCACACAGCGGCGUAUCACAGAGCUCAAUCAGCAGAGGGAGGAGCUAAAGAUAGAGCUGCAGUUGGAGAUUGCACUGUUACAGGGGGAGCUGCAGACAGAGAAAGAGCGACUGCACAAACACACGGCACAACUGCACACACUGCAGGAGUCCAGACAAAAACUGACAUUAAGCAGCACACAGCAGGAGCGUAUAAAGCUGGAAAAUGAGAGGUUGAGGGUGGAGGACAUGAAGAAAAGAUGGAUGGAAAAAAAAACCCUUACUCAGACAGACAGACAGACAGACACAGGCACACUGCUGCAUAUACAACAGGAGAAGGAGGCAUUGGACAGUGCAGUCAGAGCAUUUGAGGACUGGGAGUUUCGGGUUCUCGAGAUGGAAAGUGGCUUGGAAGAGGAAAAGAUGGAGAGAGAGACAGAAAGAGAAAUGACCCGAGAACAACAUGCAGUCAACACAGCGCAGGAGCGUGUGAGACAGUUGGAGCAUCAGCUGAAGGAGAUGCAAAGAGAAAAGGAAAAAGAGAUGAGUUUGCUGAGAGAGGAAAAGAGACAACUCCUGCACCAAGCACACCGGAUUUUGCAAGAGAACAAGCUGGUUUCUGAUUGGGUGAACAACACUGGCUCCGCCUCCAGUAUGGCAUCACACUCACCACUGACCAACCACAAAGCAGUGCAGGACAUGUCGAAUUCAGCACGGAGACGGAGCUCACACCGAAAGGUCACGGAGCGGCCGAUGUCAGUGCAAGGACUGAUUCGAAAUCCUGACACUCCUCCUCUUCCUCACUCCAGACACAGACUGAGUAAUGGAAAUGCUAAUGCUAAUGGCUUCCACACACCAACUAAAAGCACCUGCAGCUCUCGAGCAGCCAGCCCAAGUCUGAAUCUGGCCAACCUUGUGGAGAUUGAGAGGAAACUACGGGAAGCUAAAGCUGAGAGAGAACGGCUGCUGAAGGAGAGGGAGGAGAGGAAACAUCUCACUGUAGAGGACAAACAGAAUGAGCUGGAUGACCCAAACACACACCUAAGCACACCUGCAUAUACACACCUACACACCCAGGCACACACAAACUCACACUCAGAGGAGGAGCCUAAAGAGAGCCACACCCAAAACUCACCCGAGCAGCACAGCAUUCCUCUCUUUCUAACGAUGAACUUUGACCUUCGGGCUCAUGUGGAGAAUCUGGGUCACGGCGUUGCAGGGUGUCUGGGCGUUCAGUUGUCACCGCGGCGAUGUUGCGGUUUCCUGACAAAACGAGGCGGCCGAGUGAAGACGUGGAAGAGGAGAUGGUUCCUCUUUGACAUGGACCAUCGCAGACUGGCGUAUUACACCGAUCAGGAUGAGAGGAAGCUGAAGGGUGUCAUCUACUUCCAGGCCAUAGAGGAAGUUUAUUAUGAUCAUCUCCGUACGGCGACGACGUCUCCAAGACCAAGUCUGACGUUCUGUGUGAAGACGUACGAGCGUCUGUUUUUCCUCGUGGCUCCAAGUGCAGAGAGCAUGCGCAUCUGGAUGGACGUGAUUGUAACAGCAACAGAUGAACACAGCCGCCACUGAACCCUCUCUCUCUUGCGCACACACACACAUACACAUACAGUAUACACACACACAUAUACACACACAUACAUAUACACACACAUACACAUAUAUACAUACAUACACAUACAGUAUACACAUACACACACAUAUACACAUAUAGUAUACACAUACACACACACAUACACACACACACACAGAUUAAACUGACAUGAACAUUCUGUCUGAUGGUUUAAUCAGUGAAAUGUUCCAUCUGGACAUAAAUCUUUGUCAGUUAUAACAGGAUCUUCACCUUUAAUAUGAUACUGUAUAUUUGAAGACACAGUGUACCCAGAAUGCAUUGCUGCAGUUUCGUUAAAGUGCGUGGGGAGAAGGCUGCCAUCUUGUGGUCACCUUUAGGAACUGAGUAGAGCUGCACAUUACAUUACAUUGGUUUGUUUGUUUUAAUUUAUUUCCUAACUACAGUUUAGUGUCAACAAUAAUAUGUAAAAUAUUUAUUGGAAAAAUAUAACAAAAUUAAAUAUUA